GAGAGCGUUGGACGGUCUAGGGUUUUGGGGGGAUGGCGUCACUGUGCUGGACGAAUGUGGUGCGCAGGCUGUGCAUCAUGCUGAAUGGGAGGAUCGCAGAGAUUUUUCGACGCUUCAACAUCACAGGCGACCUCAAGGCAGCAGUCCUUCAUCUCAUGGAGAGCAGCGGCAAGGACGAGGAUCCAAUUCUGGUAAUAGUGUGGAAUCCUGCCGAGCUUCAAAGGAUUGCCGGGCCAAAGCAGGGUAAGGCACAAAUCCUACAGGCUUUCUCGAAUGCCGCCGGAUGCAGUCGAUUACCAGCUGGGUACCCCUGUGAGGAUCAAGUCUUUCGCUUUAGAUCCUUGGGAGACUUGUUCGCUCUGAAGACAACCUUGGUGACACAAUACCAGUGGUGUUAUGGGAAUUAUCCAAAUCCCGUGGCAACUACGCUUAUGAUCACUGAUCUAAGGAAGGUUGUGCCGACUGUGGACUCCUUCCCGAUGUUCUACUGAACCCAAGCUGAUCGGCCAAACUGUUUUCCGUUUCGGGCGGACGACCUUUACGAACUCAACGAGCUCGCAGCUCUCGUCCAUGGAUGCGUUUUACUUCACUCGGCCAGUCCACGUGACAAACAAGGAGCUUCUCUUCUCAUCUUGAUUCACAUACUUUUUUUCUCCACCGACGGAAUGCUCACAAUCAAGUGUCUGGUUGAUCCCAGCGUCUAACAGACGCUUCAAACUUUCGUGGGCUUCUCUCCACCGGUUGAGAGCUUUACUACAUUGUCCAGAAUACUCGAGCGCUCACCGCCGCUCGCGAGCUAUCUGGCUCGAAACCAAGCAUCGCGGCACCUUAGUACCUUACAUGAUACAUUUUCACCAAGAGCAAGAAACUUUCAUCCCCUCGCUAGGAGUGGA